GGUGUCAGAGCCCGGAGAGCGCUGGCAGUUCCGCGGUGGGGAUGCUGAGGAGCGCUGGGUUUGCGAGCAGCCCUGGCCACUGCGGACUUCCGAGGCGCUCCGGGCCGUGAAAACCCCUGCGCCGCGGCCAAUCCCAGGCUCCCGAGGCCAUUCACCAUCCAGCAGCCAGACGAGCGGGGAGUCCAGCGCAGCGGCGGCCGUUCCCGGAUCCUGGGCUUUCGGAGCGUUCUGGAACCCCGAGAAACACCCCGGGGCUCUAGAACCUCCCCAGCGGCCCGCAGUCCCGGCUUCCUGCGCGCGUCGGUCCGAAAGCCCCUCGGGUGCACGGGCGGUCGGCGAGCCGCGGCUGGGUCCUGGCGCACACCAUGAUCGUUGCGGACUCCGAGUGCCGCGCCGAGCUGAAGGGCUACCUGCCCGGGGCCGGAGAGGAGCAGAGGGAGAGCCGGGCUCGCCGAGGCCCUCGAGGGCCCAGCGCCUUCAUUCCAGUGGAGGAAGUCCUUCGGGAGGGAGCCGAGAGCCUUGAGCAACACCUGGGGCUGGAGGCGCUGAUGUCCUCCGGGCGGGUGGACAACCUGGCAGUGGUGAUGGGCCUGCACCCCGACUACUUUACCAGCUUUUGGCGCCUGCACUACCUGCUGCUGCACACGGAUGGGCCCCUGGCCAAUUCCUGGCGCCACUACAUCGCCAUCAUGGCCGCCGCCCGCCACCAGUGUUCCUACCUGGUGGGCUCCCACAUGGCUGAGUUUCUGCAGACUGGCGGUGACCCUGAGUGGCUGCUUGGCCUCCACCGUGCCCCUGAGAAGCUGCGCAAGCUCAGCGAGAUCAACAAGCUGCUGGCACAUCGGCCGUGGCUCAUCACCAAGGAGCACAUCCAGGCCUUGCUGAAGACAGGCGAGCACAGCUGGUCCCUGGCCGAGCUCAUCCAGGCCCUGGUCCUGCUCACCCACUACCACUCGCUAGCCUCCUUCGUGUUCGGCUGUGGCAUCCUCCCUGAGGGGGACCCCGAGGGCAGCCCUGCCCCCCAGGCCCCUUCACCCCCCCGUGAGCAGAGCACACCCCCCAGCAGGGACCCACUGAACCACUCUGGGGGCUUUGAGGCCGCCCGCGACGUGGAAGCUUUGAUGGAGCGCAUGAGGCAGCUGCAGGAGAGCCUGCUGCGGGAUGAGGGGGCCUCCCAGGAGGAGAUGGAGAGCCGCUUUGAGCUGGAGAAGUCAGAGAGCCUGCUGGUGACCCCCUCAGCGGACAUCCUGGAGCCCUCUCCAAACUCAGACAUGCUGUGCUUUGUGGAAGACCCCACUUUCGGAUACGAGGACUUCACCCGGCGGGGGACUCAGGCGCCCCCCACCUUCCGCGCCCAGGAUUAUACCUGGGAGGACCAUGGCUAUUCACUGAUCCAGCGGCUCUACCCCGAGGGUGGGCAGCUGCUGGAUGAGAAGUUCCAGGCAGCCUAUAGCCUCACCUACAACACCAUUGCCAUGCACAGCGGAGUAGAUACCUCCAUGCUCCGCAGGGCCAUCUGGAAUUACAUCCACUGCGUCUUUGGCAUCAGAUAUGAUGACUACGACUACGGGGAGGUGAACCAGCUCCUGGAGCGGAACCUCAAGGUCUAUAUCAAGACAGUGGCCUGCUAUCCGGAGAAGACCACCCGAAGAAUGUACAACCACUUCUGGAGGCACUUCCGCCACUCAGAGAAGGUCCACGUGAACUUGCUGCUUCUGGAGGCCCGCAUGCAAGCCGCCCUGCUCUAUGCCCUCCGCGCCAUCACCCGCUACAUGACCUGACUCGUGUGCAGGACCUGGGCCUGGAGCAGCUGACCCUGGGGGCAUCCUUCUCCCUGCAAGGACUUCUCUGUCUGGAGACAGACCCUAAGCCUGCCUGUCCCACGCCCACCCACCCUAUUCUGGUGGUGGGCCUGUGUGUGAUGUGCAGCCCCCGAGCCACACCCUCCUUCUCACUGGAAUGGACAGGAUCAUUGCACUGACUCUGGGAUCUCAGCUCUGCCCCUGGGAGCUGGAAGAGGACUAACAAAUCUCCAGGCGCCGAGGCCCUUCUUCCUGCCCCUACCCCCAGAGGCCAAGGGCACAGGAAGGGAAAUGGGCUGAGCUCAGACUUGUGUGCCAGCAGGCGGGGGCCCGGGCAGCACUAGUACUUUGGCCUUCCUGGCCUGGGAAGUCCCUGGCUGGCCCCCAAGGGAGAGGGGCAAACACCUCCAGGGACUGACACUCCAAGCGGCUUUGCCUUUCCUCCUGCUUCCUCAUUCUCAGACUUCAUUACCUCCCACCUGCCAUUCAUCCAUCAAUGUGAAAGUCAGGGUGACAGCUGGUUUGUGCAUCUGGCUCCCCAAAAGCCUGUUCUGUUAGGCAGCCUGCAGGCCUCUCGUUCCCUGGUUACCCCAGUCCUUGUUCAGUUCCUUUGACCUCCUUUGUUUGCCCUUUUAUCCUUUUCUCCCACACCUGGUGGUAUGAGGCCCCAGGAGAGAGACCAAGCACAUCAAACAAGCAGAUUAUCUCUAGAGAGUCUGGACUCUCUGUUGGUCACUUUGCCUUUAGAAGAGGAGGGAGUAUUAUGUUAUACAUUCUCUGUAUUUUGGUUUUUUAUGGGUGAGGUUCUUCAGGGCCUCAACCCUAGAGCCAUAGUCAGUGUCUGAGAGAAGGACAGGGAAAAAUCUGUCCUCCCCAGAGCUGCACCUGCCCUGCAGAAGCUGGCACCCCACUUUGCUAUCUCCCAUGGCUCUGCCACAAACAUUUGCCAAGAAAGCAAGCCUUUCUAGGUGGUUUAGUUGGCACAUGGCUCAGGGGGAGAGGCAGGAGACCCCAGGGUUCUUGUGUGGGCCCUGGCACCGGCCAGGUGACCUCCAUUUCCACAGUUGCAGGCUGAGGGGUAGUUUCUGAGAUAUUUGAGCCUUCACUCAGAUUCUGAGGCCAGCAGCCAACUGCAAUCCUUGCAGGAUCUCGAGGGCUUCUGGGGAGCCCCCCCUCUUGUAGUCAGUCUCUCCGGGCUACCUACCAAGGACCUCCCCACCCCCAUCCCAAUUUCUGUCCCUUCUCCUUGAUGUUAGAUGGAUUGCUUGGAGGCAGAAGCCGCCGAGGACUGAUCCCAGGCACUUUCUGUAGCAAAGAAGCUGUGAAUUAUGACUUCCCUUGGCCUUCUUCCGGCAGUAUGUGCCUCCCCUCUGGCCAGUUGGGAGGUGACUGAAGAAAGGCAAGGGCCAAGCUGCUCCUGACCCUCCUCUCUGGGGUGGGGCAGGAGAGGAGCCUGGUCAUUGUGCCACAUUUCAUACCCGUGCAGGCAUGGGCAAGCGACUGGCACCCCCUUCAGGCCUCAAAGCCCUCCCUGCAAUGAAGCUGGGCAGGAGAGAAGAGGCCCCAGCAUUGGGGUUUGGAUUCCAGAGGGGACAAGAUGACUGUACAUGUCCCUGGGUGGGUGGGGAGGAGUAGUCAUUGUUCGAGUGCAGAAAUCUUUGCCUUUGCUACCAGUUCUGUAUGAUGAGAAAUAAACGUUCACUGAGGUUUUGUUUUGUACUUCUUGUUAACGGGCUGUUUUUCCAUUUCCUAAGGGUCAUGGUUCACCUCUUGGCAUAAGCAGGGAGCUGUGAUUGCAUCAUGGACCUGAGCUGCCAGCCCUUACCCUGCUAAGCACUGUGCCCACGGCCGCAGGGUUGGGAGUGGUUGGCGCUAAAAGUCUACUUUUGUCCCUUGGGUGUCCAGCCCUGCCACUCAUCUGUGGCUGGCCUGGCAUUGUGGAAUAAUAACGGCCAUCUUAUUUUUCUCCCUAUGCCUGGCCCCAGGCUGGGUACUUGGAUUCAUUUCUCUGAAUUCGCAGCAAAAUCCUGUAAGGGAAUUGAGACUCAGAGGUCAAGUGACAUUGCUGAGGCCGCAUCAGUGGUCCGUGGUGGAACCAGGAUUGCAACUGAGGUCAACUUGAUCCUGAGG